AUGAGCAAAAAACAACUUAAGAAGAAGCAACACGAACUUCUUAUAGAGAAAGAAGAAAAAUUACUUUAGAAGAAGCUGAAUAAAAAGUUGAUCUAGUCUGCCUAUUAAUGCUAGUAAAAAGUGAAUGCAAUUAAGAUUCUUGAAAACAACUUAAAAAAUUCUUAAAAAACUCUCUAGUAAAUUGAACAAAAUAUUCAAUAAAAACCAGAUAGUUACUUAAAAUUGGCAGAAAACAUAGGUAUAACUGUUGAAAGCCUCUUGGAAGCUAUCGAAAAAGGUUUACCAGAAAAUGUGGCUGAUAUUAAGGUAGAGGAUGGACCUUCUCACUUUCUAUUAAGUAAACCAGAAAAAAAAAUAUUCAGUCAACACAAUGACUAAUUAAAUGAUCUGAUUUAAAGUUCUUAAUACAUUUGGAGUUCUCUCAAACUUAAAAUGCCUUUGGCUGAAGAAAACAAAAUAAAGAUUAUUGAUAACUUCUUAGAGAAUUUAAAAAAUGUAGAUACUAAGUUAUACUCAAAUUUUGUUUCAAAGAUAUCUUAAUCGAAUACUUUCUAACAACUUUAGCAUAUUUUUAUCAAAGAAUAUACAGGUAAUUAAUAUGGUUUAAUUAACUCUAUACUUACUUCCAAUGAUCCUGUAAAACUUUCAGCUAUGAGGGAAUACAUUAAUAUAGCUAUUAAAGCCUAUCAGGAUGGUAACGUGGGGACAGUAUAUAAUAACAACAAGAUACUUUAUAGAAACUUUAGACUUCCCAAAGACCUUAUAAGUUUGUAUAAAUAAAACAGUUUUAUUUACUUUACAAAUAUGACAUCUACUUCUUAAUUAGACUUAGAAUCAUUUGGAUAGCCUGAUGCUUAUAAUUUUGGUAUUAAGCUUCAAAUCUCUUUUCUAGAUUUACAAUAACAAAAAAAGAAUAAUCUUUACACAGGGAUAGAAGUCCACAGCUUAAGCUAUUAUCCAAAUGAAAAUGAAGUUCUAAUAUUACCUUACCAGCUAUUUUAAAUUACGAGCGUCAAGCAGAAUGGAUAAGACAGGUUCAUUAUCAAUUUAAGGGAAGUUGAUAAUAAGAUAAUCUUAAACAAUAUUAAGACACCUCAACAUUUACCUACUAAACCUUCUUAGCCAGCUGAUAAAAAAAAAUUAUAAGAAAUAAUUGCUUAAUCUCAAAGUAAAAUGUAACAAAAGUAGGAAUCUUUAAAAUAAGAAAAGAUACAAGUUGCUUGUAACUUUUAACAGUAAGCAAAAGAUUUCAUUAAGAAAAAUAACAUCUAGUCAAUAAAAAUUCAAGAUUCUUAACUUACUGACAUAAAAAUAUCUUCUAUUUAAGAUAUCUAAGCACCUUAAGAAUAAUAGUUUUAAAAUAACGUAGAUUAUGAAGAAGAAGAAGAAAAAAUAGAAGAAUCUGUAGAAUACAGUAACAACUAAAUUAAUUUUACUAAUCUUAAUAAUGAAGACAAAUGUAAAUUGCUUUAACUUGCAGAAAAUUUUGAUGAUCUGAUCAAUAAACUUACAGAUUAAGAAAAUGUAAACAAUCAAAACAUUAAAGAAGGAAAUAAAUAAGUAGAAAAUAUUCUAAAAGAAUGGAUCCUAGUUAAUAUCGAAGAGUAAACUUCAAAAGAUAUUGUAGAAAAAAACUAAGAAAAAAUAAAAACUCAAGAACAAACUCUGAUUUAGCAAGUCACAGGCUCUAUUUAAUGA